CACACUUGAAAAUUCCGACGUUGAAUUGACGCAGAUGAAUUCAUUCUCAAAACCUGAACUUUUUUCAAGAAAAGAUAAGUUCACCUCAUCAAUCGAACAUACGAAAUCUCCUAAUUUAUCUAAAGAAAGUAAAAUAAAUGAAGAUAUCGAUUCAAAUUUUUCAGAAAGUACUUUCCAUUCUGUUUUGAAUACGAACGCGUAUGGGAAUCAAGAAAACUGGAUGUUGAAUAAAUCAAGCGAUGAGGCAUUUGAAACGAUUGAUUUGACAAAAUCUGUUAACGUUGUUAACAAUUUGAUUUUGUAUAAGCCGUGUGAUCAAAUCUCCAAAAUCGAGGGAUCAAUUAAGUCAACAGAUUUGCAUCGACGCGUCGUCAAUCAAGUAAACGUUGGGCUGGACUCUGUGAUUGUAGAAAAAUGCGACCUUUUGGGUAGGAACAAAGAGAACAUCGGCUCAAAUCCAGUCGACGUCGUGAAACAGGAAGAACAACAUACGAGGAACUCGGAAAAGUUCGAAAAGCAUCGUCAAAAUGAAGAUAAAAAGUUAGAACGUCAGCGUAGAAAGGGGGAACGAGAGGCGGAAAAACAAAAAGAAAGGCAAUUUCAGCAACUCAAUAAACUAAAACACGACAAGCUAGAAAUGACAAGAGAAUUGAUCAUCGACGUCGAUGAAAGUUUAAUGAAAGAACCUUUAGGUUCUUUGUUGAAGGAAACUUUAGAACCGAAGUUGAUGACGAUCAACGAAUUUCAAUACAGUGUUCCUGGUGUUAUAAAAUGGAGAAGAAAGGUUUCUGCGGAAUGGGACGAAGAACUAGAUGCGUUUACUCCGAUUCCAGAAAUGAUUAAGGAAGAAAUGCACCUUCUGGUUUAUCUGAAGAUUCAAGAAUUCAUUAGACUUAUCGAGGAAGAUAUCUUUCACACUCACAUAAACGAUUUGAAAAGGAUAUUUAGCGGAAAGAA